AUCAAGUAUCGUAUAAAACAAAGCUACAUUUUGUAAUUGAACCCACCAAAGAGAAACUAUGGAGAGUAAAGGUAGUACCAUGCCGACUUUUACAUUAUUUCAACUUUUUGUUUAUUUAUCGGCGUUUUAUACUACAAAAGCAGAUACCAUUGAUCCUAUAGCACGUUCGCAGAUGUUUGAGACAGCUUCAAAACAGUGCUUCCAUUCUUCAAUACAGAACAUAUCUAUUGUAUUAGACCAUGGCGUUAAACAACAAUGUACCAUGUUUUGUUUACAAGAUCCUAAAUGUACUGCUGUGUGUUAUAAUGCUGGUACAAACACGUGUUCUAUGACUUUCAGUGGCCAAAAGAAUAUGAGGUCAAAAAUCAUGGCGUGUGAAAUGUGUACAUUAAUGUGGAAAUCAAAAGGGAAACACGAUUUCAGAAAUCCAAAGUGGAAAAUGCUAUUUAGAGGCACAAAGAAUAUUGGUCUUCCUGUUCAUUUGUUGUUUAAUAUGAAGGAUUCAUUGAAAAAUCCAGAUCCUAAAUUAUGUCAGAGUAUUAAUACAACAGCUUGCGAUUCACAUUAUCGAAGUUCCUUUAUUGAUAAAUGGACAGAACUUGUGAUCUUUCAAGUCAAAGUUGAAAUGUAUAAAAAUGGGAAAAGAGUGGCUUAUUUGAAAUUUGGCGGUUUCCCAAAUUAUGACAAUGUUAGCAAGUCUACUUGGUUUAAACCAGAAUUUCUACAAGACAGUUCAUAUAAUGAUUUGAAUAAGCAUAUCAAGAGUUCAACUUUAAACACGUAUGUCGAUGUUGGUAAAAAUUAUAAGUUUGACGUUACCACGUUUAACAACUGUACACAAAUGUGGUUUAUGAUUGCUGAUGACAAGAACCAGAAUUGCUUCAAUAUUCCAAAUUCAAAUUUAAUGCCGCCAUUGUUCGUGUAUUCGACUACAGGCACACACGCGAACACUCCUGGAGAUGUUGGUUUUGCUGAUGUCUUAGCCAUAUAUGGUGACGUAGAAACCUAGACAUUCAGAUCGUUACAUUGUCACUUCAUGAGUUAAUCUGACUCGUUCAUGCACAUUAAUGAAACAAACUUUCCACUGUAAGAAUGUUGAGGAAGAGCGGGUCUUUUAUAUGUACAAACAAUGCACUUUAAGCUAAAUAAAAUAUUGUAUGUACACCUAUGAAUAUUUAUGGUUCUACAUUCCGUCAAGUUAAUAUUUUAGCAU